GUGGCUCAAUGUAUGGCUCAACGAGAUUUGGUACAACGAUAUACUUUCAUACAAUUUUUAUCUAUUAGCUAUAUCAUGUACUUAGUGUAGCCUACGGAGAAGGUUGAGUCUGUUGCUCAUCCUUGUAGGUUCUGCUGUCUCGUUUUUCUUGUCCAAGAUAUGUGGAACGCUAAAGUAGGUUAUCUUAAACCGUGUAUCAUUGCCAACAAACAUUUUUGCUAUUCCGUUUGCUACACUGUGCGAUAGGGAAACCCUGACCUGAAGAACGGCGGGCCGUUGUAUACUUGCUCAAUGCUUUAAAUGCUGAAGGAAAUGAUACGCAGGAACCAGCUUCUCAAACUUGCUGCAUGGUGAAUGACUUGGAGGAAACGAACGGAAAGAAAUGGAUUCAGCAAAAUACUAAUGUUUCCCUAUUAUUUCGCACCAUGAAAACCGAAAAAGAUAUUCGACGAAUUCAUUUCAAAUUAUAUCAUUCGGUAUCUGUUGUUUGGGUUUGUCAGGAAAAUUGGGAUCAUCUGGAGAAAAUGCGAGAGAAGGCUGGACGCGAUUAAACUUUAGAACCAGUGGGUUUUCGAAUAAUCCGUCUAUCUUACCUGACCGAAUUAAAGUCGCCAAACUGCUUUCUCCUACACGUUCUUUGACUGCCCUCCUGAGAGUUACGUCAAUCCUUUAAAAUCAACCAAUGGCUGUGUAAGUCUUUGCAGUCUUUUGGCCUUUCUCCUCCGUGGACUGAUUCUUGUUCUAAGUCUGGUGUUCCACUUUGUAGAAUCCCAUCGUCUAUAUGUAUAAGGGGAAAUAGCAGUGAGAAAGACGCAGUAGUUACGCUUUGUUCAAACAAACGAGAGAGUGUUGUGGGCACUUGUUCGUGUUGUGUCGACCUGACUGUAGCCAUGGAGUUCAAACUUUUGGGCGGAUGGCAAAGACCACUAUUGUUGGCCAGUACUUUAAUAUUGGUUUCUAUCAUUUAUGGAGAAACACUUACUAUGCAAUUGCGACAAUUCCGGUCGGCAUCCGGCGCUGCUCUGGACACGCGAUGGAAGAAAAUUACCGGUUACUUUGGGAAUGAUGAUUUUUAUCUAUAUGUCUGUGGUAUCAUCUUGUCCAUCCAGAUUCCUUUCUGGAGUGGCGGGCUAUUCUUCAUGUUCCUGGAUUAUUAUAACUGGCCGAAAUGGACUCGAAAAUACAAGCUGCAGCCGGGAACUCAUGAACCCAUUGACUUAAAUAGACUUAAAGAGACUAUUAAGGUGGUGCUGAUUAACCAGUGGUCUGUUUCUGUCCCCCUACUGGUAUUCAGCUAUUUCUUGAAGAAAAUGACCAAUACUAUGCCAGUUUUCGGUGAGCUGCCCAGUCUCCAGCGUUUUUUCGUUGAUUUUCUCAUCUUUAUCAUAGUCGAUGAGAUCGGGCUCUAUUACGUACAUAGAUUGAUGCAUCAUCCGAAAUUGUAUGCAAGGGUACAUAAAAAACAUCAUGAAUGGCCUGCACCCAUCGCCAUCACUUUCGUUUAUAGUACAAGGAUCGAAUUCCUUCUAAAUAUGAUACCAGUUGUGCUAGGUCCGAUGCUUAUGAAUCCACACUUAUUCACGUUGUGGACGUGGUACGCCUUCGUUCACCUGAGAGGCCUGAAAAAUCACAGUGGCUACGAUAUUCCAGGGUUAACAAGUUCGGAGGAGCACAACUAUCAUCACAUGACGAGCAAUGCCUGUUUUAGUCGUUCACCUGUCCUAGACUGGAUACAUGGAACGGAUAAAGGAUUCCGUGCUUACAUGGCUCGCAAGGAGUUGGAGAAAAAAGAUGGAUAGAAUAUUUUAUAGUACUUAUUCAUCGUAAUACCUAUUGAUUUUUGAUCAUUUCAAUUUUCACUUGUCUGUACAUAACUUACUUGCCGUAACACCAAUUAUAUGCUAUGUUAUUUUAUUUA